AUGUCACUGUCCACAAAGGAGAAGAGGCAGAUCCGCCUGGUGUUCCUGGGGGCCGCCGGGGUGGGCAAGACCUCCCUUAUCAGUCGCUUUUUGCUGGACACGUUCGACCCCAAGCACCGGCGCACCGUGGAAGAGUUGCACAGCACCGAGUAUGAGGCCACGUGUGGCACGCAGGUGAGGGUGGAGAUCAUGGACACCAGUGGGAGCUACGAGUUCCCGGCCAUGAGGAAGCUCAACAUGAAGAGCGGAGACGCCUUCGCCUUAGUCUACACCAUGGACGACCCCGACUCCUUCGAGAUGGUGAAACAUCUGCGAGAGGAGAUUCUGGAGGCCAAGGGGGAUAAGAGCCCCCCCAUAGUGGUGGUGGCCAACAAAAAGGACUUGGGGGGCAACAUGAAGGUGCCUUGGGAAGAGGCGCUGUCCACGGUGGAACUGGAGUGGAACCACCGACUGCUGGAAACUUCGGCCAAGGAGAACCUCAACGUCACCGAAGUCUUCACCGAGGUCCUCAGAGAGGUCAACUUGCCCAGCCGGCUAAGCCCGGCACUGAGGAGGAGGAGGGAAACCAUUCCCAACGGGGGGAGCUUUAAGCCCCCCAUGAACAAGACCAACAGCUGCAGCAUCUGCUGA